GUGUUUGUUUUAUCUCCUUAAGUUCUCGUGUUGUUUAUUUUGCUGGUUGUGUGAUUAUAACGUUUACAGCAUCUCUCAAAAUACCGAAUCAUCGCGUUAAUCUUACAUUAAACUCUCCAGAUACAUGACACUGACCUUCCUCCAAGAAACCUAAAGUUCAACUCCUCACUGUCUUGCAUAAAAGACAAACUGACCCUUCAUAUGACAGUCAACUAAAAGCACAUUCUUUGUCUUGAAAUUUCCUGCUAUCUCCAUCCCUCUUUCUUUUAGUUCUUCUCGUUCCCUAUUCUUUAUCAUGACUGAACCUGAGCUGCUCACAGAGGUGCCUGCCUCUCUCAAACGGCUGGCCAAGCAGGUUGUGCGGGGGUUUUAUGGCAUUGAGCAUGCUCUCGCCCUGGACGUGCUGAUCCGCAAUCCCUGUGUACGUGAAGAGGACAUGCUGGAGCUGCUCAAGUUUGACCGCAAGCAGCUGCGCUCUGUUCUGAACACGCUGAAGGCUGACAAGUUUGUCAAAUGUCGUAUGCGCGUGGAGACUGCACCUGAUGGGAAGACGACGCGACACAACUACUAUUUCAUCAAUUACAGACUGCUGGUUAAUGUGGUGAAGUACAAGCUGGACCACAUGAGGAGACGCAUUGAGACGGAUGAACGGGACUCCACUAACAGAGCCUCCUUCCGCUGCCCCUGCUGUACCAACACAUUCACUGACCUUGAGGCCAAUCAGCUGUUCGACCCAAUGACUGGUACGUUCCGCUGUACAUUUUGUCAAACAGAAGUAGAGGAGGACGAAUCGGCAGUGCCAAAGAAAGAUGCCCGCACUUUGGUGGCACGGUUCAAUGAGCAAAUCGAGCCCAUCUAUGUAUUGCUUCGAGAAACGGAAAACAUCAACUUGUCCCAUGAUCUACUAGAGCCCGAACCAUCAGAAAUCCCAGCUCUAAAACAGAGUCGGGAGCGGGCUGCACAAUCUGCAAUGGGAGCAGGUGCUGGGGGACCUGUUAGAGAAGUAUGGAAAAAGGGCACAUCGUAUGACCUCUACACGCAGAAUGUGGUCAUCAACAUGGACGACCAGGAGCCUCAGCCUGGCCAGAAUGCUGAGGGCAAAGCCCCCAAAGAGAGGCCCGUAUGGCUGACGGAAAGUACAGUGCAGGGGGCGUACAACGAGACAGAAGCUCUGAAGAACCCUGGCGAGGACUCUGUAGUAACCCAGGAGGGAAUUACUGGAAGAGGAGCCGCGCAGGAUGAGAAUGAGGAGGUGAUGCAGGCUCUACUCAUUCACGAGAAGAGGAGUGGAGCUGGUCCAGGAGGUUCCGCCGUCUCCCGACCAACUGUUCCAGCCGCAAACGCCAGCGACUCCGACAGCGAUACCAGCGAGUCGGACGAGGACUCUCCACCGCAGGCUCCAGCCCACACGCUGCACAAUGCUACAGCCAUGCGGCCAGGAAAACAAGACAAGGAGGACGAGGAUGAUGACGACGAGUUUGAAGAGGUCGGAGAUGACCCUGUGGUUAUGGUAGGAGGAAGACCCUUCUCUUACAGGGAAGUGAGCCAGAGACCUGAGCUGGUGGAACAGAUGAGCGCUCAGGAGAAAGAGGCGUACAUUGAGAUGGGCCAAAACCUUUUCCAGGACAUGUACUUCUGAGUUCAUCAUGCUGGUUAGCUUCCUCUUCAAUCUUUCUGUAUCUCACUUUUUUUUCCACAGGAUACAGAUCAAUCUGUUUCUUUUGCACACUUCAUAUCAAACGGUGUUGUGCGGUGUGCCAGAGUCGAGAAAUGUAGUGUUUUACCAGUUAACUCUUGUUCUUUCUCACUCCCCUGCCAUAUUCACAUACAAAACUACUCCGGUGCCAAUGAUACCGCAGUAUCACGGUUGUAAACAAGAGUAUCAUACAUUGGCAAACACGCUCGCAUUGCUAGCUUUCCAGUUUGUUUGCCGUUUCAUCACAUUCAGAGACUUACAUUUGUAUAUCAGUGUUGCCACAGUAACCUCUGAGAUGGUUUAACCUCCUUUAAACCAAGGAUUUUCUGACAUGAAUGACUUUUGAAUGACAGAAAGUGACAGACUGUGGUUUUUGCUCAAAGCUACCUACCAAGGCAUUUCCUCAUCUUCUUGCUUUUACAUUAUUUUCAAUGGCUCUUUUUCCUCAGCAGUAUUUAGCAAGACUUGCAGUUUGAAAGGAAAGACAAACGAUCUUCAUGCGGCUGGCUUCCUUAACGCGAUAUUGAAUGAGAUUUAAUGAGAGAUGUUUGUUUAGAGUGUGAUUGCUUUCCUUUCACAGCAGAAAUGAGCACUUUUUUCUUUGAUCUCUGCCUCAGUGGACAUUAUUCACUUCAAUUUGUUUGUCAUUAAGUGGAAAAAAGGAUGUUUUUUCAGUUUGUUAGACCUUUUACUGUAAUAAAAAGCUGAGUGUGAAAACUGA